CAUGAAUAAAUUUGCAUUACAUUAGUUUAGUCACGCAUGCGUUAACAUCCCUGGAUAUAUCUGCGAUCACAACUCGCUUUUAUCGAUCAUAAGUGAUUCGUGAAUAGAAGAAAACACAAGAGCUACGAAGAGAAACAAAAUUGGUUUACAAUAUGGCAUCAGAGGAGAUUGCAAAUACAACUGAUACUGCAACAGCAGAAAAUGGAGACGGUGAGGAAAAAGGCAAUAUUGAAACGGCAACUGAAGCAGAGGAUAUAAAUGAAAUACGAGCUGUGUUCUUGACGGCGUUUGGUGGUCUGCAUCGGAUGAAAGUCCAGAAGAUACCUGAACCAACUCCUCUGGAAGGAGAAGUUGUCGUACGUGUGAAGGCAUGCGGACUUAAUUUCAUUGAUUUAAUGCUACGCCAAGGAGCGCUUGAAAAUCCUCCUAGAACACCCCUUGUGAUGGGGUUUGAAUGUGCUGGUAUAGUGGAGGCAACCGGAAAAGGAGCUUCAAAGUUCCAGCACGGUGAUAGAGUGAUUGUUUUUAAACGUUACGGGACGUGGUCCGAAAUAGUGACAGCAGCUGAGCGUUUCUGCUUUCGCAUGCCAGCAAGUAUGAGCUUCGAGGAGGCUGCAUCGCUACCAAUGAGCUACUUAACUGCCUACAUGAUGCUCUUUGACAUCGCUUCCAUCAAAAGUGGAAAAUCGGUCCUUGUUCAUUCUGCUGGUGGGGGUGUUGGCACAGCUGUUUCACAGCUCUGCAAGACUGUGGAAAAUAUACAAUUAUACGGAACAGCAUCAGCACAUAAGCACGAAGCCUUACAAGGACAAUUCACUCACUUAGUAGAUCGAGCCACGCACGAUUAUCAUCAUGAAAUUAAAAGCCUGUCACCAGAUGGCAUUGAUGUUGUGCUAGACUGUCUAUGUGGAGAUGACACCAACAAGGGUUACACACUCUUGGCACCUAUGGGCAAAUAUGUUCUGUAUGGUUCAUCUAACAUUGUAACCGGAGAAACGAGAAGCUUUUUGAGUUUCGCAAAAUCAUGGUGGCAAGUGGACAAGAUAAAUCCCAUCAAACUGUACGAAGAGAAUAAAUCCAUCGCUGGAUUUAAUCUACUAAACCUCGUUUUUGAACAAGGCAGGCAUGACUUACUGAGUCACGUGAUGGCGGAACUCAUCCAAAUGUAUAACCAGAAUAAAAUCAAACCUAUUAUUGAUUCAACUUGGGCCUUUGAGGAGAUCACUGAGGCAAUGCAGAGAAUGCACGACCAUAAGAACAUCGGUAAGAUUAUAUUGAACCCCCACCAGGAACAGCGACGACAAUCAUGUCACAAUGAUGUUCGUUAUGACAUCAUCAUGCCAGAUGUGUAUAAGAGACAGGAAAAAAUCAGGGUGAUGGAGUAG